CACUCUCAUUCUACUCGUGGAUCGCGGGCAUCUCUCUCCUCUCUCUCCGUCUCCCUUCUGCAGCGCCUUCUACAGAUCAAAACAGCGCUGGGAGACGAGGAAAUAAGGGAAAUAUAAGGAAAUUUAACGAUAAAACAUUAUUUUGAAUUUUUUUGAGAUUUUAACGCCAAAUAGUGAUCCGCGGCUUCUCUCCUGACGUAACUACAGCGCCGCCUUCAGGAGAUCACAAACAAGAGCACCUGUCACCAUGAAAACUAUCACCUGUGCUAUUUUAGUGUGUGCGGUGUGGCUGACAGUCCUCCACCACGCUGCCGCUGCGGAACGAACACAACCACAAGAUGACGCCACAGUGCUGUUUAGACUCCCUUGCCCUCUUUCCGACCCUGACUGCUCCUCCUCCUCCUUCUCCUCCUUCUCCAAAACACACCCUGAAGAGAGAACCAACCCUGAAGAAGAGGCGGAGGAGCUGGAGGAAGAGGAAGAGGAGAAAGAACAGAUGGAGGAGUCAAUUAACUGCCUCUUCUCCUCCGUGCCUCUCAUCGGUGGUCCUUGGCUCACUGAAAUGGUUCGAAACAGCUUCACUGACUUGAGUAUCCUGCAGGCAACUCAUUCCUUCCUGCUGGGGGGCAAGAUGGUGUCCCGUAUGGUGGACCUGGGGACGUCUUCAACAGCUUCCAGACUCCUAGUGACCCUGGAAAGAUGUCUGGAAAUCCUGGAACCACAAGAACCAGUGUCAAAUGCUUCAGAGGGUUUCAAAUUGGAGGAUUCGAAUGAUCUUGAGCAGAGGAGUGAGACAGAGGGCGCUUCUGAUUGGAUGAUUAUGUCUCCGGUAUGGUCACGUGUCCAGGAGCGAAGAAAACGGGAUCUGGAGGCGCGUUUAGGGGGAUACGGAACUGAUCCUCUUGUUGGGUUUAAUUUCCUGGGUUUUCUUGUGGUUGGCGCUCUCAUCACCUUCCUCAUCCAUAUGUUAGUGUGAGGUAACGAUAGUCUCACCUGUUCACCUCUCAUCCUUCACUCUAAAUACUCCUAUCGUGUUUUUAUUUAAUUUUUCAAGCGUGAGUCUUUUUUGUUAUUCAUUUUCAUUCUUCGUCUUUCUCGCAGCACGAUAGUCAUACCUCGUUUUCCGUUUUCUAUGUGUUUUUUUUAUGGUAUUUAUUUGUUUAGUUUGUUUAUUGUUAUUUGUUGUGUUUUUUUUUGUUUUGCCUGUUUGUGUUUUCAUUUCUGUCCUUCUUUCAGUCUUUGUUACACUU